AUGUUCACUGCCAGACACAUGAUCGCAGUCGGAGGCAGCGCCACUUCCCAUUCCCAUUCCCGAUUUAGAUCAAAGGGGAAUUCUGUCGUUGGAACAGGUGCCCGUGUACCGCGCGCCGUGUACCAUGCACCGGUUGUAUCAAUAUUGGGUUAUACCAAAAAGUACAUUACCAAAAUAGAGCUGUAUCAAUUUAGAGUCAUACACAAAUAUGGCUGUGCCAACAUAGGAUUGUAUCAAAAGAUUGAUGCACCAAAACAGCGUUAUUUCAAAAUAGAGUUGUAUCAAAAUUGGGCUGUACCAAAAAUAGAGUCGACAAAGACCGACAGACACCGAAGCCCCGUCAGCCUCAACCCCCGCAGCCUGUCUUCACACUCGGGGCGGGAACUCGGCUUAGCACUACGAGGAACUGAGGUGUUAAGACUAACAGAACACCCGUGUAACUGUCAGAGGAAAAAAUGCCACUCAAAGUUACCAAGGCUUGCAAUGGCAGCUGCAAUAAAGAGGUCAUUUGUGACAAGGCAAGCUCGCCCCAGCUCGGGGUCACACGAGACACACAUAUUUCAUAAACUUCGUAUGCAAAACUCGCAGCUGCAUGACCCGACCAUUGCAAUGCCCAAAGUCAACAAAACUCGUAUGGGCUUUAGUCAGAUUAACAAAGGCCCGCAUGGAUUGCAACGUUCAUGCAAUACAGAGGUGAACAUAGAGACCAAAGAGACUAUAGAGACCAUAGAGACUUUAGGGACCGCAGCGUUGCCAGGCUUGCCCCCAGCGCCCGCACAGGCAAGGCGUUUGAAGAAAUCGCCACCGACUUGUAAUAAUCGACAUCUGGCUGACCUGGCGUCCAUGGCUACCCAUAUUAGGGCCACUACUUCUCGAGACACUGCAUCACCAUCACCCCCACAGUCCCAAGUACAUCACCCAUCACCACCACAGUCACCAACAUCACAGCACCACCAGUGCAUCACCAUCACCCCACAAGUCACCAAUAACCACAUCACCACCACAGCCAACAAGUGCAUCACCAUUCAACCACCACAGUCACCAGUGCAGUCACCAUCACCCCCCACACAGUCACCAACAUCACCACAGCCACCGAAUGCAUCACCAUCACCACCGCAGUCACAAGAACAUCACAUCACCCACCACAGUCACCAAUGCAUCACCACACCCCCGCAGUCCACCAAGAGCAUCACCAUCACCACCACAUCACAAGAGUCACCCCACAGUCACAAGUGCAUCACCAUCACCCCCACAGUCACCAACAUCACCACAGCCACCGAAUGCAUCACCAUCACCAACCGCCCAGUCACCAAAGGCAUCACCAUCACCACCACACACAAUGCAUCACAGUCACCACCACAGUCGCCAAGUGCCACAUCACCGCACCAACAUCAACCCCCACCAACAAGUGCAUCACAGUCACCACCACAGCCAACUAGUGCAUCCCAGUCACCACCACAGUCGCCAAGUGCAUCACCAUCACCACCGCACAGUCACCAGCAUCACACCACAGCCAACAAGUUGCUUCACACCCCCAAGUGCUUCAACAUCACGACCACAGUCACCAACAUCACCACCACAGCGACCAAGUGCAUCACUAUCACUACCACAGCCACUGAGUGCAUCAACAUCACCACCACAGUCACCAAGUGCAUCACCAACGCCAUUAAGUGCAUCACCACCCCAGUUUGUGAAUCCGACUUUUUACCUCUCCAAGCUAAAAAAUAUAUAAAAUCUGGUGGAUGA